CAUGUUGUAAGUGCAAAUGAUUACGAGCAAGUGAUUGAUCUAGUAGACGGACAGAACAGGGGCAUAACAACAGAAUAACUUCGAGGGAGAGUGAUAUUUGCUUGAUUUCUAUCACUUAUCGCACUUCGGACACAAUGAGUGGAGGGACCCCGUACAUCGGGAGUAAAAUCAGCUUAAUCUCCAAGGCCGAGAUUCGCUAUGAGGGAAUCCUCUACACCAUCGACACUGAAAACUCAACUGUCGCACUUGCUAAAGUGCGCUCCUUUGGAACUGAGGAUCGGCCUACGGAGCGGCCUAUCCCCCCCAGAGAUGAGAUAUUUGAGUACAUUAUAUUCCGAGGGAGUGAUAUCAAAGACCUGACUGUCUGCGAACCUCCCAAGCCAAGCUGCUCUCUCCCUCAGGACCCUGCCAUCGUCCAGUCGUCUAUGGGUUCUUCCACUGCAGCUGCACCCUCCUUCCAGUCUGGGACUUCGUAUGGGCUGUUUAAUAGGGCUCCUGUACCUCCAUACAGCCAGUUUAACCCCAGCCCCUUGGUCUCUCCCCAGUUUGGGGCUGUAGGAGUUGGGAGUUCAGUGGCCGCAUUUGGUAGCGUUCUGGGCACAGGCCCAGCCCUCUCUGAGAGCAAUACUAUUGGCUCCUCUUUCCCCCCUGACUCUCGCUCACUGAAUGUGCUCAUACCGGAAGGUCGAUCAAGUCCCUCACUGGACCCCCUGCGAAAAAGCCCAACACUGGAGCCUGCAGCCCCAGCCGCUCCAGCAGCUAACACUGCUCCACCUGCACCCGUCAGCCGCAGGAGCCCGGUCCCCGCCCGUCUGGCACCCGCUGGUCCCCAGAAACCACUGGACAUGCAGGAGCAGAGGAGGGGCCCCGACGCCCAGAAAAUGCCCAGAGCAGAAUCUGAUCAAGCCAGAGGUGAAAACAGAGAAGCCACUAAACGACAAGCAGCUGUGGGGGCGCCGCCAGCGCGCCGCGGGCGCAGCGGAGGGCAUCGCGGGAGGGGCCGCUUCAACGUGCGGAGAGACGGGCCCAUGAAGUUCGAAAAAGACUUUGACUUUGAGAGCGCCAACGCUCAGUUCAACAAGGAGGAGAUCGACAAGGAGUUCCAGAGUAAACUCAAGCUGAAAGAGGAGAAGCCAGAGAAGGCCCUGAACGGCGAGGAGAAAGGUGAUUCAGGAGUGGACACACAGAACAGCGAGGGCAAUGCUGAUGAGGAGGACCCCCUGGGCCCUAACUGCUACUACGACAAGUCCAAGUCCUUCUUCGACAACAUCUCCUGUGACGACUCCAGGAAGGAAAAAUCUGGAGUCUCAGGUUUUCCCAGGGAGCGAAGGCAGACGUGGGCGGAGGAGAGACGGAUGAACGCCGAGACCUUCGGCAUCCCGCUGCGUCACGGCCGUGGCCGCGGGGGCUUCCGGGGGCGCGGAGGGAUGGGUUUCCGCGGAGGCCGGGGGCGCGGAGCCAGCCGGGGGUCGUUCGGCCCUUCCCACGGCGGGGGCGGCGGAUUCAGGGGAGGGUUUCGAGGAAGCCAAGGUGGCCGUGAGUUCGCCGAUUUUGAAUACAGGAAGGAUAACAAAGUGGCCGCGUAGUGCCAGUGGAGGAUGGAUUGGUCAGAAGGUGUAAUUCAUGUCAGGGGAAUUGGGGUUUUUUUGACAGCGACUUUGGACACCAGGAAUGCAGAGAAAUGUACUUGUUGUUUAUUUGUCACCAGCACUGAGCUAGACUGCUUGAAAACAUGGAUGUAAAAUGCAUUUUCUAUUCCAUAUCUUCUCAAUGAGUGGAGCUGAUGCAAUCUUUCCACAUUAAAAUCUGUUCAUACUAUUUCCAGAUGGGUGAAAAAUUGUGUAUAAAUAUCAUAUUUCAGAGGGACUCCAGUA